CAAAAAAAAAGUAAUUUGGUGGUGAUUUAAUAAAACAAACAAAAGAGAAAAGAAGAAAAUCCAUCCAUCCAUUUUCAAUUUUGAAUUCUGUUUCUUCUGAAUUUUGGCAACUAAAGUUUUCCCAAAAAUUAACAAAAAAGAAAAAUUUCUGAUUUUGGAAAUAUAGCGAGUUAGAGAGAGUGAAGAUCAUCCAUUUUAAAUUCAGCUGAAUUUUGAAUAUUAAAGUGAUUUUUUUUUUUGAUUGAAAAACAAUAUUGAGAAUUAUAUUGACAUUGAUUGUUUGUCGUGUUUGUGUGUGUGAUGUAUCUGUGAAUAUGAGUGAAGGACAACAACAACAACAUCAACAACAAUCACCAUUACAUCAGCUUGGAUCAUUAUCAACAGGAAUGAUGGUCGAUUCAAGUAUACCGGUGCAAUUGGUUAGUAUACCACCGCCUAAUCAAGUAUCAUCAAGUUCAUUAGAACAACAACAACAACAACAACAAAUAUCAUCGAUACCAUCAUCAUCAUCGGCAACAACAACAACAACAAUGUCAAAUCAAGGAGCAUUUUAUAAUCUAACAUUAUCGAUGGCAUUAGAAAUUCCACCAACAGUUGCCAUUGAAGAAUAUCCAACUGAAGAUCCACAACUUCAUUUACAACAUUUACCAAAUCAACAGACAAUUAAACCUACUGUUGUAAAAGAAGGUUGGAUAUUUAAACGAGGUGAACAUAUAAAAAAUUGGCGUCCAAGAUAUUUUGUUUUAUUUACUGAUGGAUCAUUACGUGGUUUUAAGAAAAGACCCGAUCCAGGCAAUUAUGAUGAUCCAAUGAAUAAUUUUACUGUUCGUGGCUGUCAAAUAAUGAAAACAGAUCGACCAAAACAAUUUACAUUCAUUAUACGGGGCUUGCAAUGGACUUCGGUUAUUGAACGAACAUUUCAUGUUGAAUCUGAACAAGAUCGUGAUGCAUGGUGUACGGCCAUUGCACAUGUUUCACAAUCAUUACCACCAUUAGAUCCACAAUCGACUGAUGUAGAAAUGUCAGAUGCAAAUGUAACAGCCAAUAGUAUGAAUCGUUUACAGAUAACAUCACGUGAAUCAUCACGUGGUCGUCGUAUACAACUUGAUGAUUUUGAAUAUUUAAAAGUAUUGGGUAAAGGUACAUUCGGUAAAGUGAUAUUAUGCCGGGAAAAGAAAAGUGGAUCAUUAUAUGCCAUUAAAGUGUUGAAAAAAGAAGUGAUUAUCGAAAAAGAUGAAGUGGCGCAUACAUUGACCGAAAAUCGUGUACUUCGAUAUACAAAACAUCCAUUUUUAAUUUCAUUGAAAUACUCGUUUCAAACUGAAGAUUUACUUUGUUUUGUCAUGGAAUAUGUAAAUGGUGGUGAACUAUUUUUUCAUCUUACACAUGAAAGAAAAUUCACUGAAAGUCGUACACGUUUUUAUGCUUGUCAAAUAAUUUUGGCACUUGAUUAUUUACACAAUCGUGGUAUAAUAUAUCGUGAUCUUAAGCUUGAAAAUCUUCUGCUCGAUAAUGAGGGUAAUAUAAAAAUUGCCGAUUUUGGCCUUUGUAAAGAAGAAAUCACUUAUGGUAGAACAACAAAAACAUUCUGUGGUACACCUGAAUAUCUUGCGCCAGAAAUUCUAGAUGAUACUGAUUAUGGUCGAGCUGUUGAUUGGUGGGGAUUAGGUGUUGCCAUGUAUGAAAUGAUAAUUGGUCGAUUACCAUUCUAUAAUAAUGAUCAUGAUAUACUUUUCGAAUUGAUACUUGUGGAAGAAGUUAGAUUUCCUCCAACAAUUUCACCCGAAGCAAAAGAUUUAUUAGCCGGAUUGUUGAAAAAAGAUCCAACACAACGUUUAGGCGGUGGACCAGAAGAUGCUAAACAAAUAAUGUUUCAUCCAUUUUUUCGUGGUGUUAAUUGGCAAGAUGUACUCGAGAAAAAGAUUGACCCACCAUUUAAACCACAAGUGACAAGUGAAACUGAUACAAAAUAUUUUGACCAAGAAUUCACUGGUGAAUCAGUACAGCUUACACCACCCGAACGUACCAGUACGUUGGAUUUGAUUUCGGAAGAAAUUGAACAGCCUUAUUUUCAGCAAUUCUCCUAUCAUGGCAGUGCUACAACAUUGGCUGAUAGUGUAAAUUCAUGAUGAUGAAUUUAAAAAUAAAUAAUAAUCAUUAACCGCCAUCAUAAUUGAUUCUCAUAAUUCAAUCAAAUCCAUUAUUUCAUCAAUUUAUUGAUCCUCAUUUUUCAAAAUCAUUUUUUCUUAAUUUCCGCCAUUUUAUGAUCCUCUCUUUCACCUAUACUCAAGA